UCUUUCCCCCGCGCCUGCGCAGAUUGCGGUCCCCGCCCCUCCCGCCAACGGUCUCCGAGCGCCCCCCCAAACCCCUAAACGGAGGGCGCGAGGCCGGGAUGUCGGGGUCCCGCGAGGUGGUGACGCUCCAGUUGGGCCCUUACGCCGGGAGCGUCGGCGCCCACUGGUGGGGGAUCCAGGAAGCUUCGCUCUGCGAGGGCGACUCCGAUGACGCGAUUCGCCACGAUGUGCUGUUUCGACCGGGGAGGAAUCCCCAAGGACGUGCGACGUACACACCCCGGCUCAUCCUCAUGGAUCUCAAAGGGAGCCUGGGCUCUUUGAAGCAAGAAGGAAGCUUGUACGAGGAGACAAACGCAAACCGCCCCACGGCAUGGAGAGGGAAUCUGUCGACGCACCAAGAAGAUCCGUCCCCUGCCAAUCCAUUCCUGCAAGGCCUGAGCAGGCCGGAGAGUUCUCAUGGCGACUUAGCUUCUCGGACUCUUCCUGGUGGUAAAGACAGGCACCCGCGUCUCGAGCGGCCGAACGAGGCCCCAAAGGCAUCCGGCUUGGAGAGCGCGGCGCACGCCUGGUCCGACUUCCUCUGGACGCCCCUGCACCCUCGGAGCGUCAUAACCAUCCACCAGUACAAUCACGAAGGGGAUUCCAGCCGGCUGGAAGCUUUCGGGCAAGGGGAGAAACUCCUGCGCGAUGCGAGCUACCUGGAUGAGCUAGAAGACCGGCUGCAUUUCUACGUCGAAGAAUGUGACUAUCUGCAGGGGUUCCAAGUUCUCUGCGACCUGCAGAACGGGUUUUCUGGGGUCGGAGCGAAAGUCACCGAGUUGCUGCAGGAUGAAUACGCCGGGAAGGGAAUCCUGACGUGGGGCCUCACUCCUGUGCUGCAGUCGACCAUCCCGCAGAGGAAUUUCUACAGGCUCAUGAACACGGUCCUGGGGAUUGUGACCCUUUCCAGCCACAGCUCGCUUUUCUGCCCUAUGUCCCUGAACGGGAGCCUGGGUCUCCGGCCGGAGCCCCCCGUUGCCCUCCCGUACCUGCACUACGAGGCAUCUCUUGACUACCACACCAGCGCCAUCCUCGCCACAGCGCUGGACACGCUCAGCGUCCCUUACCGCCUCCAGGCCUCAACGCUCUCUAUGGUGCACCUUGCGGAAGCCCUGACUUUCUCCGGGAGGAAGGUAGCAGCUGCCGUGGCUGCCGUGCCCUUCCCGGUCUCCCACGAGCAGCUCCUCCCGGAUGCCCUGAGCGGCCACCAGUCCUCUCUCCCUGGGACCUCCCUGUCUUCGUGCGGGGAGCCCAAAGGGGCCCACUGUUUUGCUCAGUCGGUGGUUCUCCGUGGAAUCAGCAAGGAGCGCCAAGUCAGCCGCAUCCCCUCUGGCGCUGAACCGAAGUCCGUCCUCCACAUGUGCGAAACCGGACAGGAGGUUCUGGCCCGUUACGUGCACACCGUCUGCCCCACAACCUUCAGCACUUCCCACUUGCUGCAAGGCCCUUGCAGGAUCCGGCCUCCCUACCCUCAGUACUUCUCCCCUCUCUUGAACAAAGACGGGUUCCUCCUGGAGAAGCCACCGCAGACUCUGGCAGCCGUUGAAAGCGUUCCCGUCUUCACGGCCCUCCAGGCCUCGGCGAUCCUGCGGCGCACCCUCGGGCGUUUUUACGAAGACCUCCGUCAGGUGGACGUGCGGCGCUGGGCCAGCUUUUUUUCCGUCGGGGUCGAGAUGGACGACUUCCUGGAGGCCCUGGAGGGGCUGAGGACCCUUUCCCACUGUUACAGAGAGAGCGGUUCAUCGGACCAUUCGGAGGACGAAAUAGACUAACCGCUUUCUGCCACCGGCUGACCCUUAAAACAUGACCCUAUAAUAAAAUGCGCUAAAUCCA